ACCUCCUCGGUCCUCGAGUGGGGGGCCACGACCCCACAUCAACCACACAAUGGACACCAAGCCGGCCCCCACGCACGCCGAGCACGCCAGCGGCGGCGACGGAAGCUCGAUCCGCAAGGUCUCGAGCACGUCCUCGCCGCCUGCACACGAGGAGGUCGACGAGCGCGCCGUCGCGCUCCGGCUCGCGCGGACUGCGGAUCCCGGGCUGAGGCUGGCAUCAUGGCGCGGCCUCAAGUUUAUCUUUUACGUGCUCGUCGUGUGCAUGUGUUCUGGGGACUCUGGCUUCGACGGCACCAUCAUGUCAUCCGUCAACUCGAUGCUCCAGUUCCAGCGCUACUUCAACCUCGGCACAGACGGCAAGGGCGCGGCCAAGACGGGCAUCGUGUUCGGCAUCUACACCGUCGGACAAGUCUGCGCCUUCUUCCCCGCCGUCGUGCUGCCUGAUCGCAUUGGGCGAAGGUGGACAAUGUUCCUCGCAAACCUGUUGCUUGUCGGCGGCGCCUUCCUCGCGGGCUUUGCGCAGAACAUGUCCAUGUUCCUCGGCGGCCGCUUCCUCGUCGGCAUGGGCUGCACCUGCGCCGCGCAGGGCGCCAAGUCGUACCUCUCCGAGGUGACCUCCCCGUGGAACCGCGGACGGUGGAUGGGCCUGCAAAACUCGUUCUACUACGUCGGGCAGCUGCUUGCCUCGGGCCUCGCGAUCCCGCUCGGCCGCAUCGCGUCCAACUGGUCCUGGCGCGUCCCGCUCCUCCUGCAGUGCAUGCUCGGCUUCAUCAACGUGCUCUUCGUGCUGCUUUUGCCAGAGUCCCCGCGCUGGGUGUACGCCCAGGGCCGGCGCGACGAGGCGGUCAAGAUCCUCGCCGACCUCCACUCGCGCGACAACGACAUCAACUCGCCGCUCGUGCAGCUCGAGAUUGCCGAGUUCGAGGAGAGCAUCAGCCUGACCGGCGCCGACAAGCGCCCGUUCGACUUCCGCCCACUCUUUACCACCGCCGCGCAGCGCUACCGCUUCGGCAUGUGCGUGAUUGUUGCUUGCUGGGGCCAGCUGAGCGGCAACGGCCUGAUCACGUACUUCCUCCCCCUGCUUCUCAAGCAGGCCGGCAUCCAGUCCCCGGACCGCCAGCGCGUCCUCAACUUUGUCAACUCGGUCACGUCGUUCAUCGGCGCCCUGACGGGUACUUCGCUCGUCGACUUUGUCGGCCGCCGCUUCCUCAUGCUCUUCGCUGAGAUCUCGUGCAUGUCGGGCAUGUUCAUCGUUGCUGGCCUCCUCUCCAACUCGGGCCCGCAGAACCAGACGCGCGCCAACGCGGGCAUCUCGUUCAUCUUCCUCUUCAUGGUCUUCUACAGCUUCGGCUGGACGCCCCUGCAGUCGCUCUACCCCGCCGAAAGCCUCGCAUACGAGGUGCGCGCCAAGGGCCUCGCCCUGCAGUCGUGGUGCACCAACAUCUUCUCCCUCAUCAACACGUUCGGCCUGCCCUCCGCCCUCGCCGCGCUCUCGUGGAAGACGUACCUCAUCUUCGGCAUCUGGGACAUUGUCGGCAUCAUCGUCAUCUACCUGUUUGUCGUGGAGACCAAGCAGCUCUCGCUCGAGGAGCUCGACGAGGUGUUCAACGCGCCCAACCCCAAGCAGACGAGCUUUGCCCUCGCUGCCGAGGCUAAGAAGCGCGAGGCCGAGCACCUUGCCCGCCUGAACGCCGGCGACGUUUAGGGGAAGCGAGUAGAGUCAGAAGCAGCGUGAAGCACAGUAAGGGGGGCCAGUAGGGGUUCCUGUGGUCAGAAUACAUAGG